CGGCCAGACGGGCCAGUCCGCGUGAGGAAAGAGACACGUGAUCCACUCGGGAGCGAGCCCACCGGCCAAACCGACCUCAGAUCAGCGCCUACGUGCGGCAGCGGGUGAAAGUGAAAGUAAGGGAAGAAACCGCUGUUUACGCCGCGGACGACUUACUUUCUCCCGGACAGAUGUCGUGAUACGAUUCGCCAGAUCCGGUCUCGACGGCUCUCGUGUGUCUCUCUUCAUCGCGGGGCGUCAUGGUGGAUUUGAAGGUGCGCUUGGAGGCGCUGUCUGCGCUCUCCGGCUGCCGGGUGGAGGGGACCGGGGUCGGGUCGCUGCUCGGCCCGCAGGACCUGGUCAACAUCGUGGCCCUCAGGGAGUUUUACAGACAGGAGGGCUUCAAACAGCUGGACUAUCCCAGCCUGGGCACUUUGUCCCUCGAUGACACGGAUGAUUCGGACCUGUACGGCUCCCCGCCGGCGCUGGCGGAGGGCCCCGAUACCGGAACCGGAACCAGAACCACGGUGAGGAUCAACCCGCUGGAGUUCUUUGACGGCAAUUACGACUACGACUUCACCAAAGUCAAGGAUGGUGAAGCCCGGUUCACCCGCGGUAAUGAGCCAUACCUCCGGCCCUGCGGCUGGAACCGCGUGGCGCUGAAGGUUCUGAAGAAGUUCGACGACGGCGACGGCUGGCUGGGGACCGGCAGCAGCGCCUGGCCCGUCUCCUACCACGGUAAAAACAUGGACGGCUCCCUGGGGGUCAUUCUAACCCGUGGCCAGACCCCCGAUGAUGACCCCAAGUUUUUGGAAGCUGCCGCGUCGGCCUUGGUCGGCGAGGGAACCAGGGGCAGGGGCGUGUACUCCACGCCGGACAUCAAGAUCGCCGAGAAGUUCUGCAAGACGUUCAAGUCUCAGGCGGACGGGAGGACCUACAAGGUGAUUCUCCAGAACCGGAUCAACCCCUCGAAGAGGAUUCAGUGCCAGAGGGAUGGCAUCUGGCUGGUCUACGUGCCCGAUGGGUCAACCGAUGCGGAGAAAAGGGCCAUCGUGCAGGAAUCGCUCCGCCCGUACGGGCUGCUCCUGAAACGGGUUUGACCGACCCAAAGCACACGGCUCGCUGUUCUGGUGUUGAAUGUGAAUUGGGACCUUAUUGAACCUCAGCGAUACCUUGUCUCUAUCCUCUCUCAGAUCCAUCUGAAAUAAACGAAACUUUUAACCUA